GCCGACGAGCGCGGCUGAUGAAGGCACCUCGCGGGCAGCUCUGAUCUCCCUCCCCUCUUGAAGCCGGGGACCGAGGUUGCAGGCUGACGAGUGCAGCACCCCUUGGUCAGCGCUGACCUGUCUCCUAUUGGGGGUAGCAGGCUGACGAGUGCAGCACCCCUCGGGCAGCGCUGACCUGUCUCCUAUUGCGGGUAGCAGGCUGACGAGUGCAGCACCCCUCGGUCAGCGCUGACCUGUCUGCUAUUGGGGGUAGCAGGCGACAAUUACAGUCACAUGUAAUCAUCUCACGCUUAGCGAUUCCACCAAAUUGGCAGGAUGACGUGGCACUCAACUAGAAUCUUUUUUGAUGUUAGUGGCAGGAAGUGGGGACCACAAUAACUCUCUUAGUGGCACUGAUCUCCCUUAGGCCAUAAUCACACUACCGGUAGCACUUUCCAAAAUGCAUCUGACGGCAAUGACGGCCAGACCUGCACGAACCGAGCUGCAAUUACGUCCAUAGCGUCGAGGAAAAAGUCCUAGCAACGCCAGGAGCGGUUGUUGGUUGGGAAGACACUCAUGGGCGGGCAGGGUGGUAGCUACGUGAUGAUCUGUCGUCUGUGUCAGCAGCUGAUAUGGCUUCGUGUAGGAGCUGAGGUUGAUUCUCUUUUUGAUUGCUACGGGCUGCAAUUAAGGUAUUGAAUGCGGUAGAAGCGCUGAUCAGCCUUUGACGAUUCCUCAACCUAGUUUUGUUAUUUUGUCAAGCCCUUUUAUUUGGAGCCUAUUGUUAACCAGCUAUCUACCUACCUAUCUAUCUAUCUAUGUAUGCAUCUAAACAGAGGGCCGUGGGGUGUGGGGUUAUCGGCACCAUUGACUGAGUGAGUGAAGACUGACAAUUGUCUGAUUUGCGUUCCUGCUUUGGCCGUGCUAUUUUAAGUAGCGAUUACAAUACCAGUCCGAGCAAUGAGGGGAUAUGGUCACACAGAUCGAACGAAAAAUGGUCUUGUUGCCGUAUGCCAUUCCUUUUGUCUGCCGUGUUUUGUCCCGAAGAAAGCUCACGUUCCACGAUGAAAUAACCGGUGUAAUAUUUGUCUGGCAUGGAGGAGGACAGCUAGAAACGCGGAUGACCAGCACCUCCCCCUUCUUCCCCUUCUCCCCCCCCCCCCACUCUAAAUGGGUGUACCAUUUGUCUGGCCCGCUGUACUGAAUGCCCUCCAAGGUGAACUAUUACCGAUCAACUACGGUAGCUACACCACGUGGUAGGAAGCAAUCGAGUGACCACAGGUAGAAGGAGAAGGAUCUGCUCUCUAUGGACUUAACCAUCCAUUCAUUCAUCGGGUUAGGUAGUUAACCACCAAUCAUCAAUCAUCAUUACGCAGGCAAAUCGACUAAGUACCGCUAGGCUGUAUAUGCGUUCCUUCUUCGUCUCUGUGCGUGCAUCACGUAGCCAAGGCGAGUAUCAAUAAGCGUAUUUCCUUUCUGCGUCCUGCCGUCCCAAUCCCGCCGUGUGUGGCUGGGAUGCUUCUGUUCUGUGGACUUAACCAUCCAUAUCCUUUCAUCGGGGGAGACAGAUAGCCAAUCAUCAUUACGUAGGACUAUUUCUAUUUCCUCUCUGCGUCGUGCCGUGCCUCACUCCGCUGUGCCGCUGUGAUGCUAUGCUCCAGAGAUGAGUCUUUCAUCGUUUGGCGCCACGUGCUCACGCCUCCUUGCAAGCCAAUUGCCUCAUCGGCGCAAGUCUCGACCUUGCUACGCAUUGGCUCCCGCCAUAUGCCACUCCUCCUCCUCCUCCUCCUCCUCCUCCUCCUCCUCUCACUCGUCUUUGCCCUCUGCCAACUUGCUCAGCGGCUCUGCUUGCCCGCCUCUCGACACGCGUCUGCGCAGGAGAGGGCCGGGUGCAGACCGUCGCCUUCUGUCUUUAGCAACAGUCGGAUUAGCUGAUCUGUCGUGUGCGGAUAGCUGCCCCGUGGCAGCUCAGUCCGUGCUGCAGCUGGAAGGUGGCAUUUGUGGCAUCUAUCAAUCCCCUUUGCCACGUGGCAGCAGCGGCGACGGCGGCAGCGGCGGCGGCGGCGGCGGCUCUAAACGGGACGAGCAAGGACAACACGAUCGGCAGCGGAUUGAGCCCCCCGCCGCCGAAGGGGAGGGGCGUUGGACCGCGGGCCCGCUGCCGAAGGGGCAGCAGCAGAUCUCUUCCUCCGGCGGGACGUGCAGUGUGCAUGCCGGCAGCUCAGCCGCUUGCGCUCCUUUGCCACGUGGCAACAGCAGCGGCGGCGGCGCUGAACAGGACGAGCAACGACAACACGAUCGGCAGCAGCGGCUUGCGCCCGCCGCCGCCGAAGGAGAGGAGCGUUGGACAGCGGGCCCGCUGCUGCCCCUUCGGCUAUCCAAGGGGCAGCACCAGCAGAUCUCUUCCGCGCCGCAGCGGAUCUCGUCCUCCGCCGGCGGGACGUGCAGUGUGGAUAUCGCCAGCACAGCCGCUUGUGCUCCAGAUCAAGAGACUGCAGACGCCAGGAGCGAAGGUGCAUGCGGAGGUGGAGUUGGAGGUAACUCUCUGUCGGGGGGCCAUAGCGACAGGGAGGUGCGCGUGCAUUCUUGUUCCGCGUUCUCGCGCUAUCGCAGAGGACGAUCCAGCGGUUCUCCGCUGUCCUGUUCCUUCGCGGGCGCUGCGUCAACGGUGGUGGGCCGCCUGGGUGUACGCAGCGCUUGCGCCGCCGCAGCAGCGGGCGACCGGUCAACCAUGCCCGGACUGGGCGAUCACCCGGCAGACGGUCGUUGGGUAGUUGCCCCCCGUGACCACCGCCACGUGUCGACCACCAAUUCCAAAUACGAGGAACGUGAGGAGGAGGAGGAGGAGGAGGGGAGGGGAGAAGAAUUGGAUACCGUACGACCGUUAGAUACCGUCGCCCCGCGGCGGCGCGACGGCAACCAAAGCAGCGAGGCAAAAGACGCAUUGCUGUCAUCCUCGUCAUCAUCGUUGUAUCCGCCGGUCCGCAUGCCGGCGAGGCAAUGGAGGGAGGAGCAGAGGCGCGUGCGGGCUGAAGACCUGGGCGACGUGGUCGGGUUGGGCGCUUGGUUAGCCGAGAGGAUGCCACAUGGCGGCGAGGAGCUGAAAAAGUGGGGUGUCUCUUCUGGUACCAAACGGCUUGCCAAUCUAUGGACGGAAUUGCAGGAAGGAGAGAUCACGCUCGACGAUGGGAGACCGCCAAGAAGAACGGUUCACGUUGCCAGCGUGAGGAUUUUGAAUUCCAGAAGGGAUGCGACGCUGGUGGAAUCACACCAGGAGAUGGAGGAUGGGACAAGGAGGACCAGAAACAGACCGUUGUCGGAGAAGAUGCGCCCGGAAGAGACUGUCGAAGAAGCUGCCUUACGUGGUAUAAGAGAGGAGUUGGGACAUGAGCUCGGCGCGCCCGACAGAGUGGUGUUUGAGCGGGAAAGCUAUCUUAAAGAAGAGGAGGAGAGGGACUCGUUUUCGUACCCUGGAUUGAUGACUCAUUACGUUAUUCACACGAUGAUUGCUUACGUGGACGGUCUUCCGGAGGACAGGGAUUUCGACACGGUGGAAUACGAGGGCGGCAUGACUACGAGAGAGAAGAUCGGGCAUACCUGGGAUGGGAAAACAAGAGAUGAAGAAGGAGAAGAGGAAGGAGGAGGAGGAGGAGAAGAAGAAGGAGAAGAGAAAGGAGGAGGAGGAGAAGGAGAAGAGAAAGUAGGGAGGAAGGGACGACGAGAAGCCGGCCACGUCGAAGGUCAUACAGCAGCGGCAGCGGCUGUUGAAACGUCGUCGGAUAAAGUGCCACUUGGCGUGCGGAAGCAUUUCUGGACUUGGAUGGCUUUGUCAGGCGAAGACGAGGAAGAGGACCAGAUACAGACCGGUACUUCGGUGAGUGAUGCGCUGGAGUUAAAAGGUAAGGAAAGAAGGUGACUACGGUUGAUGCUGGCUGGUCACGGGCCAACGAGGAAGAAGACCAGAUACAGACCGGCACUUCGGUGAGUGAGAUUGGAACACCGAAGUUGAGAACUCGGCAGUUUCCAGGACAGGGCUACCGUCUUCACCCGAAUAGAACGGCCGGUAAUUAUCGCCGUAUCUGGGCUGAAAGUUGUGCCAAAUACGGCUUUAAUGACCGGGCGUUGUAUUCGGGUCAAGACGGUAGCGGAAAGAAGGAAUGGCUUUUGAUGGAUCGUGGAGGCGGAAGUUAAAAAAGUUAGCAAUUUCAGCAAUCUGUACGCGAUCCCGGUGAUGGAGAAAAGGAGGAAGGAGGGAUGAGGGGUAGUUGUUGAAGUACCUGUGCGUGCCAGGGAAGAGGACGGAGGGGAAGAGGGUAGAAAGAAAGAAUAUCGGGGAAAGGGAGAGAGGAUAAGAGGGGGGGAAGAGGGGAGAGAGGAUAAGAAAGGGGGGGGGAAGGGGGAAGCGGGGAGAGAGGGUCGGUGGGCUACCUAGGCGGAGGAGUGGAGGAAGAAGGGCAGUAGAAUGUGGCAGGCACGAAGGUCCCGACGCGAGCAAAGUCUUGUCGUCUGAAGCAAUGAUGAAGCAAACUCUCACUUGCCGCGCUCUAUUGCCUCUGAUUAGGAUCUGUCUGGUGGGCAGAUGAGCAUCAUGCAAGCGAGACAUUUUCAUUACACAUCUGCAUUCGUCUUUUCGAUUCGCCGUCGUUGUGACAACCAACGCACAGCCGCCGUGUUCAUGCGUAAUCAUCAUCGUGAUCAUCAUGGCCGUCAAUUUGCGCAGCUGCGGCCAAUCUAUCAUCAUCGUCGUCAUCAUAAUCAUCAUCGUCAUCAUCAUGGGUGGUGAUCAUUCAUCAAGGAUUAAGCAAUCAACGACAAGUCAAACCUUUCUGCUUCCUGCUCUUACGUCUUUGGGUUCUCUAAUUCUUUGUUGUUGACAUCAGCACCGUCUCCGUACGUGCUUCAAUUCUCGGGGGUCUUCUUCUUCUCUCUCUCUCUCUCUCUCUCUCUCUCUCUCUCUCUCUCUCUCUCUCUCUCUCUCUCUCUUUUCUUGCUCCUGCCUCUCCUAUUCCCUCCGCUCCUGCUUUCUCCAUUUUUUUCCCCUUCUUAUUCAUCCACUCCCAUCUCUUCCUCCUUGAGAGGACAAUCCUCCUCCUCACGUGCUUACAUAGUAGCAAAUGAUUGUUGAUUGUCGAUCAACUUGUCGUCAACGAUAACGAUAUCAGAGAUAGCCGCUUUGCGCGCGCGAUAGUGAGAGAGGAUUUUCCUCCGCUGCUGCAGAGCAGCAGAUUCAAGACGCGAAGAGGAUUCCGGAAAAGAGGAACUGUAGCUGUAUUUGGGGUAUCUUUCAGUCUAAAUACAGCUAUAGUGACCCCGUACGUUGCGCAGAAGACCGAGCGCGGGAAUGAAGGCAGGGUCAUCAUAUAGCAGCGACGCCACGAAAUCAGAAUACGCACAGGCAAGAUGGAGAACAACUGUUCAAACUUUCUAACGUCGUCAACUUUUUUCCUCUUCAUCUCCCCGUUCUUCCUUUUCCCCUUCGUGUCAAUCGUCUCUCGUUUCAAUCGCGCCGUCAUCAUCAUCUCUUUUUCUUCAUAUCUUCGCUGUUCGCCCUUCCCGACUUACUACAGUAUUUUUUUUUUUUUUUUUUUUUUUUUGGGAGUGCGGAGUUUGUCAUCCGCUAAUUACAAAUUUUUAGACAUACACUCGUAGGUUCUCUGAUUCCUAACUAAGCGUGAAUAGGUAUAUAUGUAUAGCUUUGUACAUAUGUGAAUAUAGGUUUGUGUGUAUAUGUAUAUAAUACUUGUGUAUAUGUGAGAGCCAGCCGUUCUUGACAUCUGCCUCUUUAGUUGUUCGUUCAACAAUAUACUUGCUCAUAGAUAUGCCCCUGUCCCCCUAGUUGCUUUUAUUCUCUCUCUCUCUCUCUCUCUCUCUCUCUCUCUCUCUCUCUCUCUCUCUCUCUCUCUCUCUCUCUCUCUCUCUCNCUCUCUCUCUCUCUCUCUCUCUCUCUCUCUCUCUCUCUCCCCCUUUGCCCUCCUCCCCUCUCGAACGACUGUUCUCGUCCUUCGGUCCUUCUGUUGCCCUCCCUGUAGGGCGAUACUAGUGAGCUCUUCUUCCCCUUGUUCACAUGAGAAAGGUUACAUUGUGCAAGUACUCUCUCUCUCUACGCCCGUUCAAGAGGCGGAGUUUCUCCUCCCCUCAUUGGAGGAGAAACACUCAGGAAAGACUCGGGAAUUGUAAGAGGCAUUUAAACAAUGUUUACGCCCGUUCAAGAGGCGGAGUUGGCAGCUCAGUGAGCUCCUUUCUAUUCUAUCCAGUUGCUUUUUUCAAGCUUUUGUGGAAAAUAAAGAAUUGCACUCGUCUUGAUUUCUGGGUUCUCAGCUUUCCAUUUCCAUCUCUCUCUCUCUCUCUCUCUCUCUCUCUCUCUCUCUCUCUCUCUCUCUCUCUCUCUCUCUCUCUCUCUCGCUCGCUCGCUCUCGCUCUCUCUUUGGGGGAGGGCUUUGUAUAUCCUAUGCCGAUGAAUGCGGGACAUGUCGUGGGUUGAGGAAAAGUACGAUGACGGGUUUCUUUGGGAGGAAAAUAGGAGAAAAAAGGAAAUGAAAGAAAAGGAAAACG